AUGGCUCGAGCUGCGGUUAUUCCGGCGGCGGCGGCGUCGCCGCAGCGCGCGACGCGUACGGCCAAGCGAACUACUACUACUGCUGCUGCUAGCAGGGCUGCGGCGAAGACGACGAAGGCGAAGGCGCCCUCUUCUGCUACGGAGGGGAGGAAGCGGACUGCCCGGACGAAUCUGUCGUCUUUGAGUAAAGCAGCUGAGGAUGAUUCGGAUGAGGAUACUGACGAUGAACUGGGAGUCAUGAAUACGACGAAAUCCGCGACAACGAAAGCCAGAGGCAGGCCCGCUGGAUCGACUACUGCUGCUACGGGUCGUGGUCGGAAGCCUACUACCACUGCGUCUGUUAGGUCAGGGACUGUGGGUGAGAAUGAGGAUGGUGAAGCACAUGCAGAUGGACAGAAGAAGCGGGCCGGAAGACCGAGGACGAAACCGGCGACUGAGACGGAAUCUGCGACUGCUGCUCCCAAGCAGAGAGGUAGACCGAAAGGGUCGACGAACGCGAAGUCAACCGCUGCGGCUGCUGAUGCUCAUAAGAAGGCCCGCGUCCUGGCUGCUGAGGAUGCAGUAUCUCACCAACAAGGACCGAAGGAGGUGACGAUAACGACUAAUUCUACGCUCAUGAGAUCGAAUCUCUUGCGAGGCCCGGCGAAGAAGAAGACGGUGACCUUUAAGGAUGUCUCAGACUCGGACGACUUCAGCGAACCAUCACCCCCACCGCCGGCAGGCAGAAGGCGGCCAGCUGGCCUUGCGGCGAAGCCUGCCCGAAAGGGUACUCCGGCUAAAGGUCGCAAGCCUGCGGCGACCAAAAAGGGUGCCUCCAAGCCUCUUUCUCCGAAGAAGGCGACUCAAGUCGCGAAGGGGAUUUCAUCCUACGCCAGCUCUGAUGGUGAGGAUGAUGAAUUAAGCAUGACCAAAGACCAGAAUAAGCUACACAGCGACUCCCCCAACAAACACGGACCAGAACAAACCGGACUUAGCUCCCCAGUGAAGCGAAUCAACUUCACCUCCACGAAAAGCCCCAAAACUGUCGAUGAGAACGGACAGCCUACUCUGCAACCACCGAAGUCGAUCGAUUUCAGCGACGCAGUUUUCAUGUCUAGCCCUGCUCGCCGACCUCCCCCUUCUCCAUUUAGCUACAGCUUCCGAGAGACGCCACGGCGCGGUCUGGCUUUGCCCGAGGAUGCGAAGCCUACUUCUCAACCUAAUUUUAGCCCAACAGAACACUCGCCACUGAAAUCGUCACCUAGGAAAGCGAACUUGGACACACCGAGACGUGGUAAUCUCGGCUUUGAUGAUUUGAGGCCGCUUUCCCAGCCGAAUUUCACGCCUGGACAGAACUCCCCGCUGAAGUCUUCGCCUAAGAAGGGGCUUUUUGGAGCCUCAUUUUUGUCACAGCCGUCCCUGCAGGAAUCGGCAACACCUUUGAAACGGAGUCUGCUCCAGAGUCCUGCGAAGAAGGUUGCCUCUCCGUUCAAAAGUUCUUUGCUAUUCUCGGGAUCCUUAAUGACUGAGCAUGUGGAGGCUACUUCCUACCGGGGAAAAGAGUUGGAGGCGGCCUCUUCCCCAAAGGCUCCUGAAACUUCUUAUCAAAGGUAUGACUCGGAAGAGACUGUGGAAAUGCCGGAAGAGCUUGAGCCCAUUACCGAAACCCCGGCCAGCCAACAUGAUGCCGAGACACCUGAACCUGAAGCCGAACCUGAAUCUAUCCCGGAUUUCCACAAUGUAUCGUAUACUCCUCAGUCUGAGAUGGAGCAUGAGAGUCACGAACAGCCCUUAGAACAGACAGACGAAGCUCACGAAGAUGCGGUGGAAGAUUUGGAUAUCAACUAUGAAGACACAGCAAGUGAGCACGAAGAAGACAUGGAAGAUAUCAACCACGGCCUAGAAGAGCCCCAGGGCCCUGCUGACAUGGAUCGUGAAAGCACCGUGGAGAGCGAUGGAGUCGAUGGUAUCUACGAACUCUUUGAAGGCCAAAACGAGAUUGUCGAAAAUAUCCUCCUGGAGGAUGAUCUCGAGCAGGACAACUUUGAAGAGCGCCUCGAAGCGUAUGUGCCAGAGAUCCCUGAGGAUUACACGGUAUGUUUUGAGGCCGUAGAGCAGGAUGCCUAUGAGUCUGCUCAAUAUGCCCAGAGCAUAGUCGAUACCGAGAUCGAGGUUGAGCACGAUGCUGCCGACGAUGGAAUCUCGGUCGCACCGGCUGCGGAAGACAUCGCCCUUGGAAAUCAACAGGGUGAUCAGACCGAGGAAGAGAACUACGAAUCUGAGGAUGAGUUACAGGACGAAGAGCCCCGGGAACCGGUAGAGUUCUCAAGUCGCGAAAGUAUGCUUCAGAGGCUUGAGGAUGUCUUCACUGAAGAUCCUGCCGGCACGUCUGAGAUGCCUGGUGAUGGAGAAACAGAACGUCAUGCUGAGACUUCGGAAGUUGGGGGUCAUGAAAGCGUCGACCCUAGCUUGGAGUAUGACGAAGAAGAGGUCAAUAUGCUCGAUGAUUACGACUUCGACGAGGAAGAGCCUACGCUUGUCGCGGUUGGUACUCCUGGGCGAACGUUGAGACAAACGCCUCAGCGUACACCACGACGGACCCCACGGCGUACAUCUAGAAGAAUAUCUCAACGGACCCCUAGACCAACGUCCUCGCACACUCCAAGACAAACGCCUGCGCAGGCGCUGAGAGAAACCUCCGAACAGACGCCUGAACAGCCUCAACAGAUGCCUAGCGAAACACCAGAGCCAACCCCUCAACCACGCGCACUCACCCCGGAGGUAUAUGCUCCUUACGAAAUCGAAGAACCCCCGACUCCCCAGGUUCCAAACUAUUUCUACUUUGUUCCACAGUAUUUCGCCUCGUUCGCGCCUCCCCGUUUCCCCGAUGAGUACCGCGACACUGCAGUGGAAACCACAAGCUUUGAUGCCGCUGAUAAUACAACUGCGAAGGAUCUUCCCAUCCCAGACGUCCAGCCCUCUCCUCAGCCACAACGUCAUACUCCUGGGCCGGAGAAGGAAAAGCGUCAACGUCCUCGGUUCACGUUGUUGGCCGAGCAACUCAGCGAAUGGAAAGCGAGCAGCCCUGAGAAGACUGAGCAGAGGCGUUCUGGACGUCGGGGCAUCUUCUCCCUUUCGGGCGGCCUGAACCGCCCUAGCGAUGUCAAUAAUGCCCAAGAAGAUGUGUCUUACCCCGACCUCUCCGCUAAGUCACCGUCCCCAGUAGUUGAGGAACUCCAGCCACACGAAGAACCUGCAACCACCGUGGACGAAGAUGACCAGGAGGAGCCAGAAAUGGGUCGCUGUGCUUUUGAGGAUCUGGAGAAGUCUCCUGGACUACCUAUGUUCGAGAUAUUUAGCGAUGAGGAUCCUGUGGAAAGUAAGCAGACUGAUGCUCGUGAGGAUACACAAGUUUCCAUUGUUUACGAGAGUCCAGUGCGCCCAGCUGCCUCGAUUCAAGAAACACUGGAUGACGAAAAAGAAAAUUACGAAGUUCAGCUUCCCGCACCGGCCACGCCCGUGCGCGGCAAGACCAUCCCCUUGCAGACAUUCCACACCGUGUCCAAGGUCCCCCUGAAGCCGGAAGGGGAAGUAUCCCCUUUGAAGGUGUCCCGUAAGCGAGGCCGCUCUCUUUCUAUCACAUCACCGACUCGCUCCUCCCCUCGACUUCGCAAAUCGAUCCUCGCCCUCCAAGAGGAUGUCGAUUCCCUUCCCCCUCGCAAGGCACCAAGAUUAUCCUAUAGUACAAUGCCACAACUACAACCGACUCGAUCGAGAAGCAGCUCUAGGGCUCGGGAUGCAAGGCAGGAGAGUGAACGGAAACGGGCGCCUUCUCGCUCUCCCAGCCCUGCCAAGUCCCCUCGCAGGCGCAGUAGCAUUUUCCAGCCUACUCCUACCGGAGCCUUGCAAGGAGCUGUUGUGUACGUCGACGUGCAUACGACCGAAGGAGAGGAUGCUAGUGGCAUCUUUGUGGAGCUUUUGCAGCAGAUGGGUGCCCGAUGUGUUAAGAACUGGUCCUGGAAUCCCCGUUUGAGUGUGUCUCCCGAUGAACAGACGGAGACCAAGGAAGGCAAAGUCGGUAUAACUCAUGUCGUCUACAAGGAUGGUGGUGUGCGUACUAUGGAGAAGGUCAGGCAAGCCGCAGGCCUGGUCAAGUGCGUAGGUGUCGGCUGGGUCCUGGACUGCGAAAGAGAAAACAAGUGGCUUGACGAGGCUCACUAUGCCGUCGACAGUUCAAUCAUCCCGCGUGGAGGAGCCAAGCGCAGAAAGAGCAUGGAGCCCCGCGCACUGAGCAAUGUCAACGGGACCCUCGUCAAAGCCGAUGCUGGCAGCAGACGGUCUGGAGUGGGCGCUGCCGAUUUCACGCGAACGACCACAUCCACUGCCCGCGAUGCGCCUUCCACUCCCAAGAGGACUAAGAAAUCCGAAGCCGGUUACCCGGGAAUAGACCCGAGGUAUUUCCAAACCCCCAAAACUCCCGCUUUCACCUUCAACAUGGACUCCGUUGGCAUGUCUCCAGCAACCCCAUUCUUCCUAUCUCAACGGUCGAAACUGGUCCAGCAGACCUGUCCUCCAAAGCAGCUCCGCCAGGGGCUCUUCUCCAACCCAGGCCCAAGCGAGGAGCACUCGCAGAAGCUGCGGGUGAAGCUCGAGGCAGCCAGACGGAAGAGUCUUGCUUUCAAACCCAAGGUCGCGAGCCCACUGGUGCCGUAA